GAGAGAGAGAGAGAGAGAGAGAGGGGGAGGGAGGGAGAGGCAGACAGAGAAGGAGGGAGAGAGAGGAGAGAGAGGAGAGAGAGAGAGAGAGAGAGAGAGAGAAGAGGGUAGGGAGUAUUUGUUGGAUCAAGGGGGAGGGAGAAAGAGUCAAAUCGUCUCCCAAGGGCGGUCGUUCUUCGACAAGGAUUCUUGGGCGAGGGAGGGAGGAGGAGGGGGGAAGGUGGGAGGAGGAUUGGAAUGAGACUGGGCUGUGGGUUAAGUCAGCCAAGGAGAGACAGACAGAGACAGACAGAGACAGACAGACAGAGACACAGAGAGAGAGAGAGAGACAGAGAGAGAGAGAGAAAGAGAGAGCAACAGGCAGAACAGACCGAAAGGAACCGACCGGAUGGACAGUCUGGAUGGCCACCGAAUGAUGAUCGCAGCUGUGGUCACUGGUCACUAUUGCUAGGCACCGCAAGCAAGCGCAGAGUCGAGCGCUUCCGCUGGGCGACAGCUGGUGGGUCACCAACCAAGAAGCUGGGAAAAGAAGGAAGACAAGACAGACAGUGAAGAGUGAAGAGUGAAGAGUGAAAGUGAAAGUGACUCCGGACAAGACAGCCAGAAGACACGACAGAGGAGAGGAGAGAG